CCGGGGGUCGCCUAGGAGAGCAGGUGGCGUGGCGCACCUGGCUCUCACGGACAUCCUGCCCCAGGACACGUGCCCAGCAGUCAGUCCGUCUCCCCUGACCCCCCGACCGGCCUCGGGGGGACCCCACAGCCCGAGCCCAUCUCCGGACCCAGACGUCCCUGCUCUGCGGUCAUCUCCCCGGACCCUUCCCUGGACCCCACCCGCCACCUGCCGCGCUCCUACCCGGAAGCAGGGACUUCCGCGGCGGCGAGACAGGUGCGGACGCCGCCAUGCCCUCGCUCGGGGACCAGGUGCGAGACUGGCAGCGGGGCGUGGAGGCCGUGGAGCGCGGGGACUGGAGCUGCGCGCUGCGCCUCUUCUCGGGCUUCCCGGAGCCGCCCGCCAAGAUGUGCUUCAACGUGGGCUGCGUGCACCUGCUGGCCGGGGACCCGGAGGCCGCGCUGCGGGCAUUUGACCAGGCGGUGACCAAGGACGCCUGCCUGGCUGUUGGCUUCUUCCAGCGCGGAGUGGCCCGCCUCCAGGUGGGGAGGUCCCAGGAGGCCCUGGCCGACUUCCAGCAGGCCCUGGCCCAGCUCAGGGGGAACGCCGCCAUCGACUACACGCAGCUGGGCCUGCGCUUCAAGCUGCAGGCCUGGGAGGUGCGGUUCAACAUGGCGACCGCGCAGUGCGCACUGGGGCUAUGGACUGUGGCUCAGUAUGAAUGCAAAGUUGCCACUAACCAGUUUGAUGUACUAGUAAAUGGUUCCAGAAUCCUGCAGCCCCGGCGGGUCCCCAGGGGCGAGGUCUUCCGGCCUCCCCGGCGGCACCUGGAGCACCUGGACCGUGUGGACUUCCUGGGCAAGGCCAAGGUGGUGGUGGCCUCUCCUGCGCUCGAGGCCCGAAACCAGGGCGUCUGGCCUCAGCAGCCCCAGGUUCGGGGUGAGGAUGGUGGAGCCAGGCCCCAGGCUGGCCCAAGGGCCCUCGACACAGGCGCCUGCAGAGCCGACACCCCCCUGGGCCCCAGGACGCCCUCCCACGCAGACCUGGAGGCUGGGUCUGACCAGGCCAGGCGGGCCGGCCCCUGUGCACCCGGCACCUCUGAAGGGCAGUGCGCCUUCACCCUGGCCCUGCAGGCCCCCCGCGGAGCAGACCUGUCCCACCUGAGGGCCCUGCUGGGCCAGGCCCUCCCUCUCCAGGCCCAGCGUGGGCAGCUCAGGUGGCCUGCGGGGCUCAGCUGGGCGGUUCCCCGCCUGGGACUCAGAGAGGGACCCAGGGAGGACCAGGGAGGGACCAGGGAGGACCAGGGAGGGAGCCCGGCGCAGCACUGA